AAUUCCCGUAGGCGCUUCUUCUUCGGUCGUCUGUACUCUACCAGUUGUGAGAGAAGGAGAGAGAGAAGGGUGAGAAAGAGGGAAUACGCAUAAGUUCGUCGCCAAUAGGGAAUAGAAGGUAUUUCUAUCUCUGCCAUUACAUUCAUUUCGUAAGAACUGAUCAAAUCUUGUAUCUCUUAUUUUCCAAGAAUUCGAGAUGAUGAUCAGAGUUCGCAGCAGAGAUGGUCUAGAGAGAGUGAGCGUAGACAAUCUUAACCCGACAAUCUCUAGCCUCAAAACCCUAAUAGAGAACCAACUUAGAGUGCCCAUAGCCCAACAGACUCUCUCUACAAACCAGAAUCUAUUGCUCGCUAAAACCCCAGAGCAAGCUCUGCAAUUCUCAGAUAUGGCAGACCCCCAAACGCUAAUUUCAUCUCUGGGAAUCGGCCAUGGCUCCAUGAUCUUCCUCUCUUACGAGGGUGAACGCACAGUGGCUGGACCAUCUGUGAAACCUGCUGGUUUGUUUGGCAAGAAGAUGACCGUGGAAGACCUAAUUGCUCGACAGAUGAGGAUUUCCAGGCAAGAAAACCCUAAUUGCGCAUCAGUCUCAUUCGAUCGAGAUGCAGCUAAUGCUUUCCAACACUAUGUCAAUGAAUCCUUAGCUUUUGCAGUGAAGAGAGGAGGGUUCAUGUAUGGGACUGUAACAAGUGAUGGUGAGGUCUCUGUAAAUUUUAUCUAUGAGCCUCCUCAACAAGGGACGGAGGAUAAUUUGCUUCUGUUUAGAGACCCAGAUGAAGAGAAUCAGGUUGAGGCCAUAGCUAUGGGUUUAGGAAUGAGAAAAGUAGGGUUUAUAUUUACUCAAACCAUUAGCCAGAAUAAGAGGGACUAUACUUUGUCAAAUUUAGAGGUUCUACAGGCUGCUGAACUUCACAGCGAGAGCGAUUUGAAAGAGUGGGUCACUGCAGUUGUGAAAUUGGAGGUUAAUGAAAAUGGAGGAGCAGAUGUUCACUUUGAAGCCUUUCAGAUGAGUGAUCAGUGCAUUAAGCUUUUCAAGGAAGGUUGGUUUGUGAAGGAGGUUGGCGAUCUCGAUCCAAAGCUUUCGCUCAUGAAUAAAGAUGUUGUUAUAUUGGGAAAAGAUACCAAAGAAGUAGACAAUGAUUUCUUUCUGGUUCUUGUCAAGAUUCUGGAUCACCAGGGUCCUCUUUCAUCAACAUUUCCCAUCGAGAACAGGGUUUCACCUGUGACUAUGAGGGCACUAAAGAACCAUAUGGAACGGACGAGGAACCUCCCUUUUGUUAAGCGAAUAUCUGACUUCCACUUGCUCCUUUUGCUUGCAAAAUAUCUCGACAUUAAUGCAGAUGUUCCUGCUUUGGCAGAAUGCGUACAACAACAAAGUCCUAUCCCUGAAGGAUAUCAACUCCUGAUAGAGUCCAUGGCUGGUUCUUGUAGAGACUAAAGGAUUUUUUUUUUCCUUCUUUUAUACCCUUUUUUUUUUAUGUUCUUUUAUUUUUUGGGAUGGGACUUUUUGGCAAACAUGAAAAAACAUGUGACGUGAUCUUUUGAUAUUGGCUCUUGAGUUGGUUAAGGGUGUUUACUGGAAUUAGGGUUGUAAGUUAUAAGUUAUGCUGAAAUGUUCAGAGCAUUCGAGGAGAUGUGAGAGUCACUUUGGUCAGAAAUGGUUGAUGAAGACCUAUUUGUGAGUCGCUUUGGUCAGAAAAAUGUUUGGUUAGGCUGCUCUAUCAAUUCAGGAAAAUGUUUUGAUGGGCUGCCCCAUCAAAAUAA